CACAAAUUCUUCAAAAUGAAAGCGUUUCCUUUGGUGGUUGCCGUGUUCUUGGGUGUUCUGAGCGUCACGCUAGCACAACGCGAAUCCUCCCUGCGGGUCAUCGACGCUUUGCGCGAGCUGCAUCCCGCUUACAAGCAACUUCGCGAUGUGGUAGUAAAUGCGGUGGCCGGAGCAAAGCUCAACAGCUCCGAGGUGGUGUACAAGUUCAACAUAGACAUUGCCGCGCGCAAGGAAUCGUUCAUGCAGACGGCCAUCAAGACGGAAGCGAACGUGCUGCGGCAGGUGAAUGGGCAGGGCAUCAGCAUCGAUACGAGCUGUCUUGGCUUUUUGCGCCAAAGCGUGGACGUUAACAUGAACCUGGCCGGUGUGUCGUUCACCAACUGUCUCAACAACGUCGAUGCGUCGCUGUCGUCGGAAAUUGUCCGCGUGUACAGCGAGCUGGCGGUGAACGAAACGAGCUUCGUGAAUCUGAGCGUGUACGAUGUGUUCCGCGGCCAGAACGUGUUCGUCAAUCCGCAAACGAUCGUCGAUCGGUUGGUGGAGAAGCUAUCCUCCCUGCAGCAGGCUCCCGCUGAACUGGCGCAGGAGCUUUCCCUGCUGGUCGAUGCGUUCGAGGGACGACUGGGGGAUGUUCGAGCGGCGUACACCAGCUGUCUGACCAUGAACGAUCAGCUGCUGCAGAACACACUCGGCACGGUGCUGCAGCAGCUGCAGCAAAUCUGUCUCGGAGCGUUGCUGCCGGAAGAGCCGACCGAAGCCACGGAAGGUACGACCGAGGCGGCGACAGAGCCGGCCACAGAGCCAGAAGUCGAGCCGGAAUUGGAUACCACACUGGCGGAAGAAACGGAAGUACCGGAGGAAAAUCAACCGGAACCAUCCACCCCAGAAGCGGCUUAUGCGUUGUAAGACAUGAUCGAUGCAUCACAAACUAGCAGCUAAUAAAGAUGGGCUUUUUAAUUAAUCACCUAA